CACUGUCACUGACACCACCGGACCGUAUCACCCCCACCUGAUUCUCCCCCUUUUUCUCUCUCUAAUCCUACAAAUAACCCUUUGCAUUUCCACACACAAAUUGCACCACAAAAUCAAAAAUUUAACUCACAUACCCACAUUUAUUUCAUAUUAUUUGAAUAUCUGUUCUUACUUGUUCACAAUUUAAUGUUUUUCACUUGCAUUGAAUGAUGAUCAUGCUUCAAAAGAUCAGAUUUUUAAUCCUCUGUUUUGUUCCCCUGUUUCCUACUCUCUGUUUUUGUUAUGAAGCUCGUAAUCCUGAAGUUGUGGCUUUGAUUGCUGUUAAAAAUGGUUUGGAUGAUCCUCAUGGAGCUUUUAGUAAUUGGGAUGAAGACUCUGUUGACCCUUGUAGCUGGGCUAUGAUUACUUGUUCCCCUGAUAAUCUUGUCACUGGCCUUGGAGCUCCUAGCCAGGGUUUAUCAGGAACAUUAUCAGAGGUUAUUGCUAAUCUCACUAAUCUCCGUCAAGUGUUGUUGCAGAACAAUAAUAUUUCCGGGCAAAUUCCGGCAGGAAUAGGGCACCUAAAGAAGCUGCAAACAUUGGAUUUAUCAAACAACAAAUUAACAGGUCAUGUACCUGAAUCACUAAGUCUUUUAACCAGCCUGCAAUACCUAAGAUUAAAUAACAACAGCUUGUCUGGAGCUAUUCCCUUGUCUUUAGCUUCUGCUCCUCAACUUGCACUCUUAGAUUUGUCAAACAACAACCUUAGUGGUCCUGUCCCCAAGUUUUCAGCAAGAACUUUCAAUAUUGUGGGUAAUAAUAUGAUUUGUGGGAGUCGUGCUAACGAAGGUUGUUACGGGUCAACUUUGCCUGAGCCGCUUUCUUUUGAGCUUAAUUCGCCAUCAGGGAAAGGUAAGUCGAAAAGGGUAGCGAUUGCUCUUGGAAUUAGUCUCGGUUGUCUCGCGCUUCUCGUUGUGUCUCUUGGAGUUCUCUUGUGGAAGAGAAGCCGAAACAAGAAGCAAAGCGUUCUUGAUAUUAAUGACAUACCAGAAGAGAGUCUAAUGAGCUUAGGCAACUUAAGAAGCUUCACAUUCAAAGAACUUCAAUACGCAACCGAUAACUUCAGCUCAAAAAACAUUCUCGGUGCCGGAGGAUUCGGUAACGUUUACAAGGGAAAACUAGGUGACGGGACCAUGGUGGCGGUCAAACGUUUAAAAGACAUUAACGGAACAGCCGGAGAAUCACAAUUCCGGACAGAAUUGGAGCUCAUUAGCCUAGCGGUUCACCGGAAUUUGCUCCGGUUGAUCGGUUAUUGCGUAACUCCGGCGGAGCGGCUCCUCGUUUACCCGUUCAUGUCUAACGGCAGUGUAGCUUCACGGCUUAGAGGUAAACCAUCAUUGGAUUGGAACGCUCGUAAAAAAAUCGCGAUUGGAGCUGCACGCGGAUUAUUAUAUCUACACGAGCAGUGCGAUCCAAAAAUUAUCCACCGAGACGUGAAGGCGGCUAAUGUUCUUUUAGACGAGUUCAACGAGGCUGUGGUGGGUGACUUUGGGCUGGCUAAGCUACUUGACCAUGCUGACUCACAUGUCACCACUGAGGUUCGUGGUACCGUGGGCCACAUUGCACCGGAAUAUCUCUCAACGGGUCAAUCGUCGGAGAAAACUGAUGUUUUCGGUUUCGGGAAUUUGUUGUUGGAACUGAUAACGGGAAUGAGAGCGUUUGAGUUUGGGAAAGCGGUUAACCAGAAAGGCGUGAUGCUUGAAUGGGUGAAAAAGGCGCACCAAGAGAAGAAGGUAGAGCUUUUAGUAGACAAAGAGCUCGGUACCAACUACGAUCAAAUCGACGUGAGUGAAAUGCUACAAGUCGCGUUACUUUGUACUCAGUACAACCCGGCCCACCGACCAAGGAUGUCGGAGGUGGUAAGGAUGCUAGAAGGGGACGGUUUAGCCGAAAAAUGGGCGGCGACACAUAACAAUAUGAACCCCAAUAGCAUAAGAAAGAAUGGGAUGGUCCAAAAACUUGAUGACAUUGAUGAUGACUAUACAUCAAGCAUGCUUGGGGUGAUGUUGAUGGAUGAUGACCAUGAUAAACAUGCCAUGGUGCUCUCGGGUCCAAGAUGAUGAUCAUCAAAUGUUGCAUACAUAAAUAGGAAUGUUAAGGAAAAAGUGUAAACAUUUGGGGUGGAGUGAAUAUAUAUUUUGGUAAAUAUAAUUGAUUUUUUUUUCUUUGUUAUGGCUUGAAAUUAGGGUUUAGUUAAGUUUUCCUUUUCCAAGUUGAAUGUUACUAGUAGAAAACAUAUUAGUCGAUUGGAUGUUAAA